CGCGCGCUCUCUGAGGCGCGGCCGUACGGAGCUCUAACGGCCGUUGGAGAGGGGAACGCGGCGUCUGUGGAGGGCGGUCUCCCUCAGGUACUGGAGCUUCUCUCUUCCGGACUCUAGUUGAUUGGAAUCCCCCAGGAUGGCUGUGCAAGAGAAAUACCCGGGGGGAAGGAUUUCCCAAGCCAGUCCAAAAGAUUCCAAUUUGAUUCAGAAGGGCAGUUCCCUGGGGACCGAAUGGCAGACCCCAGUCAUCUCAGAGCCAUACAGAAGCCGCUUCAGCCGCUGCUCAGGCGUGGCUGACAGUGCAGACUCAGCCAUCGGCACAUCAUGUUCUGACAUCGUUGAGGAGUUUUGCAGCUCAAGUGGCAGCUCGUCCUUCCAGCCCAUCAAAAGACAAGUAAACAUUCCUACAGCCCAUGUGAUGCCAUCUACUUUGGGGACCUCUCCAGUCAAGCCAGCUUCCACCCCUACGGGGCUCCUUUCCUCCAAACCGCCUGUGUCAGGAUUGUCUGAAAACGUGGGGUGGCCCCGGAAUGGAGACCUCAGCACUAUGAACAGGUCUCCAGGCCUGCCUAGGGAUCUCAUGUACCUCUGUGGAACUCCUGGGGAAAAUGGAAUUGAGCAGUCCUGGUUUCCUGCUUUGGGUCACGAAAGAGAAGAGGAGAUGAGGAAGUUUGAUACUCCCAACAUGGAGCCAACCCUCAACCAGUCUGUACUGAUGGAAACACUGUAUUCAGAUCCCUACUACCGAUUUCCUCUGCAAAAUCCAACAGCUGAGACAGGCAAAGAGUUGUACAAGGUGCUGCCUGAGUCUAAGAAGACCCCAGGUGUUGGGGCUGGAUGUGAACAAAAUGGGACCCAUGCCAUUGCUGGUGAGCUGCUUCAGGCAGCAUCUGGCUUUUCAAAGCCUCUCCAGUCGCAGGGGUGGCUGCAAGCUCCUGACACUUGGCAUUCCCAGGAACAGUCUUGUGAACUCAGCACAUGCCGACAGCAGCUGGAGUCAAUUCGGUUACAGAUGGAACAAAUGAAGCUCCCAAAUGGAGCCACUUGCCACCACCCCACAGCUUAUGCUCCAUCUUUGCCAGCGCAGUGGGUGAGCAUCCUGAACAGCAACGAGAGCCUCCUGAAGGAAAAGGAUCUCCUCAUCAACAAGCAGAGGCAGCAUAUCUCUCAGUUGGAACAGAAAGUUCGUGAGAGUGAGCUUCAGGUCCACAGUGCCCUGUUGGGUCGCCCUGCCCACUAUGGGGGUGUCUGCAUGCUGAGACUGCAAGAGUUGCAGCGAGAGAACACUUUCCUUCGAGCACAGUUUGCUCAGAAGACAGAGGUUCUCAGUAAAGAAAAGAUGGAGCUUGAAAAGAAACUCUCUGCCUCAGAAGUGGAUGCACAGCUCAUUCGGGAGUCCCUCAGGGUGGCGUUGCAGAAACAUUCAGAAGAAGGAAAGAAACAAGAGGAAAGGGUCAAGGGACGGGACAAACACAUUAACAACCUGAAAAAGAAAUGUCAAAAGGAGUCGGAGCAAAAUCGGGAGAAACAGCAGCGAAUCGAGACCCUGGAGCGCUAUCUGGCUGACCUACCCACUAGGGAGGAUCAUCAGAAGCAGAGCCAGAAGCUCCGGGAAUUAGAGCUGAAGAACUCAGAUCUGCAGGAGCAAAUGACAGAUCUAGAGAGAAAGCUGGGAGAGGCCCGGGCAGGCUGCUCAGAGCGGGAAUCUCAACUUGAGAGCCUGAAACAGAGAGAACGGGAACUCCUCUCUGCUGUGCACAGUUUGCAAGAUAAACAGUGUUCGAAGAAGGCUGGUGGAGGGAGCCUGGUUCAACAAGUGGAAAGCCCCAAAGUGGAGACUGAAUCUUUGCAGAAAGAGUGUGAUUGCCUCAGGAAGAUUGUGGAUAAGCAACAGAAGAAAAUAGAUCAGUUGUGUUCACAAGUGAAGAGCCUGGAGGCAGAAGUGGCCCAAGAAGAAGGAGCUGGUCAAGCCUUGAAGGAGGAAGCCAGAAGGAGGGAAAAUGCCUUGGAGCAGCUGCGCUUGGCAGUAAAGGAGCUUUCAGGGCAGAACCAAGACCUGAUUGAGAAGAACCUGACCCUCCAGGAGCACCUUCGCCAGGCCCAGCCAGCAUCUUUGCCCUCUGCAGACACAGCUCAGCUAGCCCAGGAACUGCACCAUGAGCUGGGCAGCUGCCUGCAUGAUCUGCAGGCUGUAUGCAGCAUUGUGACCCAGAGGGCCCAGGGCAAAGACCCCAACCUAUCCCUUCUCCUGGGCAUCCAUUCUGUAGCCCACCCCUCGACUGAGCCGGAUUUGCAGAAGCCAGAUGUUAUCAUCAAGAAGUUAGAAGAAGUCAGGCAAUUGCAUCGUGACAUCGAGGAAUUGCGUACCACCAUAUCUGACAGAUAUGCCCAGGAUAUGGGAGACAACUGCAUCACCCAGUGAAGACCUAGCAAAUAGAGGGAGAAACCAGGCGGAAGAGAGGCCAGGCCAGUGACUGCCUUUUGAUUUGCUGUGAGGGAGUGAUGAAUAAGUUGGAAAGCCCCCUGCCAAGGAUAUGUCUUGUCCUUCAGGAACAUGUUUAUUGGCACUUGCCAGUCCUGAUUGGGGGCCCUGGGUGGUGAUGGGAGAGGGUGAGUUAAUCAUUAACUGGCCUUCCCUGGGCAGCAGGUUGUGCCCAGGAAAACCCUGCCUUGGCCUCAGGCCCAUGUGAGGAAACCUGGCCUGUUGCCAUCCUUGCAGAUGGGAACCAAGAUCUUCUUGACCACUGUUUUGCUCACAGCAUUCUUUAAGGGGCCGAGCAAGAAAGAGUCUCUGGACACUUGCUGCGAUUGCCCUCAGAUCAUUAAUGACAAGGACCCCUCCAUGCCUCCCCCAACUUGCCUUAGAUACCAUAUGCCCAGGAUUCUGGUGCCCAGACACACAUCUCCAUGGUUUUCCCUUAGGUUUGACUAAGAUGAGAUCUAGUGGGGGAAGGAAGAAUCUGUGGGGCCAAGGAUUACUUGAGAUUCUCGUGCCUUAAUUCUCCCUCUCACCUCCCACCUUAACUAAGUUGUCCACUAAGAGCCACCCGGGUCAUUUUUUCAACCUGGGAUUGUGGUGUUUCUAGCUAUGGAGCAGACAAAUAACUUGCUCGCUCUUUGUCCUUGUUCCUGGUCUCUGCAAGCAAUAGGGGACUGAAUGCUGUCACUGGUGGAAUGGUGCAGCUGGUCUUCACCAUCCUUCAGCAAGGCCUCUGCUCCUCUCUGGCUCGGGAGCUUGGCCACAGCUGCUUGGAGCCAAUAGGGUAGAGGCUGCCCUUUUCCCUUCUUUCCUCUGGCUACCUUGGCCCAGGGGGGCUAUGGGAGAGUUAGCUGUCCAGCUUCUUGGGGGAGUCUCAUCUCCUUCCUUUCCUCCCCUGUUGGGUUAGGAAAAGCUUCCCUGGAAAACCCUCAACACUAAUGCCCACACAGACCUCUGCACCCUGGGCUCCGGAUUUUUUAGCUGUUCACGUUUUGGCUUCUUAGUUUCUGGUACAGGCUGGAUUUGAGUUGUUUGCAAGGCCUGUUAGGUUGGGUUUUUUCUUCUGUUAGAGAAGCCUUGGAUCAAGGCCCCUUUUUUAUCCUUCCAGUGCGGAGAAUGGUGCCCUCAUUUGUUCCCGGCUCUGUGUGCUUGUCCUAAGUGUGCACGAUGUGGGCAUGAGAACCCGUGAUUAGGGCUGGCCCUUGAUACCAGGCUGAGGAUCGGGCCCCUGGCAGCCUUGGUGCACCAGCCUCCCAGGCCUGGAAGGAUCCUCUUCUCCAUGCCCUUUAAUUUAUAGAAUGUCUGGGGAAGCUGCCUCCCCCUCGGGGUGUCCUACCCUCGGAGCUCAGGGCUGCCCCCCCCCAAGUUUAUAAGCACAGAUAUUUAUAUGGAUCUUUGUUAUACCAACUGGUUUGUAUUAUUUUGAUUACAAAAUAAAAGGUUUA